GGCUGUUUUGACGUGUGAAAAGGUCAGGUUCGCAACUUGCGAGGGAUCCAGAAAUGGCGUGGCUUGCGAGAUCGAUUGCGAACUCUCUCAAGCUCGAUGAGGAUGAGGAUGAUGAAAAUGGUGAAAAUCAACGGACUAAGACCACCUCCGGUGAGAAACAACCGCCGUCGCCGUUGCAAUCUCAGUCUCCCCGAGGUGUGAAGGAGGACCUCUCUGAGCUUACCAAGACUUUGAGAAGCCAAUUCUGGGGCGUGGCCUCCUUCCUCGCACCUCCUCCUACUUCUUCGGAUCGUCCGGAUCAUGUGGAGGAGAAUCGGACUUCUUCGGAUCUCGAGGGAGGAGAAGAGGAUCUGAUAGCUGGGAUCAGGAACGACUUCGCGGAGAUUGGCGGGAGAUUCAAGACGGGGAUCUCGAAGAUCUCCGGAAACAUCGCGGUGUCGGAGUUCACAAAGAUCGCCUCGAAUUUCCUGCAGUUGGGAUCGGAGGAUGCAAAUCUGAAUGAAUAUAGUGUUGGAGAUGUUGUCGGUGUGACAGAGGAAGUGGUCGCCUUUGCAAGGGAUAUCGCGAUGCAUCCUGAGACUUGGUUGGAUUUCCCCUUGCCUGACGAGGACGACAACUUCGAUGACUUUGAAUUGAAUGAUGCUCAACAAGAACAUGCUCUGGUUGUGGAAAGACUGGCACCGGCAAUAGCAGCUUUGAGGGUUGAACUUUGCCCAGCUUACAUGAGUGAAGGUUGCUUCUGGAGGAUAUACUUUGUACUUCUGCAUCCUAAAAUCAGUAAACACGAUGCCUUGCUUCUUUCAACUCCUCAGGUGCUCGAAGCAAGGGCGUUGUUAUCCCACGAACUGCAGAAAAGAAGCAAGGCAACGGCAGAGAAUUCAGGAACUGCUGUCGAGGAAGCUCCAGAGAAUGUGGAAAAGCUGUCUGGGGAUUCUAAACCAGUCGCAUCUGAGACAGUUCCAAUCAAAACCAUUACUGCAGAAACAACCCAUUACGUGGAGACGGAGAAGCACCCAGUUUAUAGCAAGGAAAUACAGUUUGUGGACAAGUCCGUCAUCGAGGAAAAACCCACAGUGAUGCAUGAUGGUAAGCCAAUGGACCACCCAUCGGUUGCUUCAUAUGGGGUUACAGACAUUGAAGUCGAGGACGAGGCAGAUGAUUGGCUGAAAGAUGAAGAGGAAGACAUUUCCCGAUCCAUCAGGACAGGCGGAACCACCAUGCCGCUCGGAUACGAUGAAGAUGUGUCGUUCAGUGAUCUAGAGGAAGAAGACGACGAGGACGGAGGAGAUGUGCCCGUAAGUUACAAGAAGGUGGGAUCAAGCGAGAAAGAACAAGAAAUCAAAUGAGAUGGCUUGACAUGACACCUAUCCUUUUCAGAUCGUUGAAUGCUUUAUUUAGAUGCGUUUCCGACAUGGAUCUUCCCGGCAAGAAUCAAAGAACCGCUGUGAAUAGUUCUGUAUACGGUUUCAUUGGACGUUGAAUGGUUGUAUAUAAGUAGACGUAUGAUGAAGAUGAUGCUGGCCUCGUUUCAUUUCUGUA